AUGUCUCCACCAAGACGUACAUCAAGUCGUGGUCGUGUACAACGACAUACACCAUACGGAAGAACAGGAGAUUCAUCAAUAGAAGAAAUAGGAAAUUCACCAAGGGGAAGAGGUAUCGCUUUUAUACGUACCUUCCGUCGGCCUUUUAAUUAUGAUCCCCCACCGGCAUAUGUUGAAUCCCAAAUGAAUAAUAUUACCAUAACUCAACCUGAAAAUGACCAAGUAAACACUGCACCUAGUUCCCAUACACCACCUACCAUAACUUCUUCACCAGAAAAUUUGUCGCAAACUGUUGGAGAUUCUUCUUCUACUAUUUUACCACCACCGCCAUGA